AUGGUUCAGUCGCCUAUGAUAUCAUGUCCCCUCAAACAGACCAACGAAAUCGACUGGAUUCAACCUCUCAAGGACUAUAUUCGCCAGAGCUAUGGCGAAGACCCUGAGCGCUAUGCUCAAGAAUGUGCGACGCUCAACCGGUUACGCCAGGAUAUGAGGGGUGCUGGCAAGGACAGUGCGACAGGACGAGACCUUCUCUAUCGAUACUAUGGACAACUAGAGCUCUUAGAUCUCAGAUUCCCUGUCGACGAAAGUCACAUCAAAAUAUCCUUUACCUGGUAUGAUGCGUUCACCCACAAGCCGACCUCACAAUACUCUCUCGCCUUCGAGAAGGCAUCGAUUAUUUUUAAUAUCUCCGCGGUUCUUUCCUGUCAUGCAGCAAACCAAAACCGUGCGGAUGAUACCGGCCUGAAGACCGCUUAUCACAACUUCCAGGCAUCCGCCGGCAUGUUCACCUACAUCAACGAAAACUUUCUCCACGCUCCGUCGACUGACCUGAACCGCGAAACCGUCAAAACUCUCAUCAAUAUCACGCUUGCUCAGGGUCAGGAGGUAUUCCUUGAGAAGCAAAUAGCGGACCACAAGAAAUCCGGAUUCCUGGCGAAACUCGCGAGUCAGGCCUCAUACCUCUAUGCCCAGGCCGUCGAAGGAACACAAGAACAUGCUAAAGGUAUUUUUGACAAGGCAUGGGCCACUCUCCUGCAAGCCAAGUCUGCGCAUAUGGGCUCCGUGGCUUCAUACUACCAGGCUCUAGCAGACGGUGAAACGGGUUCGUACGGAAUAGCUGUUGCGAGACUCCAACUGGCAGAGAAGCAUUCGACAGCUGCACUCAGCUGGGCUAAAUCAUUUCCUUCAUCGGUCUCGCCAAACACAAAUCUAAGCUCGGAAGCGGGCCCUAAUCUGGUGGACAUUGUCAAAUUCCAUCUUGCGAACGUGCAGUCUCAACUGGCCACGUCUAAUAAGGACAACGAUUUUAUAUAUCAUCAACCUGUCCCGAGCGAAGCAGGGCUAUCCGCAGUAUCGAAACUACCUGCAGCGAAGGCGAUUCCCGUUAGUGAACUGUACCAGGGCCAGGAUAUCCAGCGGAUUAUUGGCCCCGAUAUUUUCCAGAAGCUUGUUCCCAUGUCUGUUACGGAGACAGCAAGUCUCUAUGAUGAAGAGAAGGCAAAAUUGAUCCGGGCAGAAACAGAAAAGGUCGAGACGGCUAAUGGAGAGAUGGCAGCAAGUCUGGAUUAUUUCAAACUUCCAGGUAGCCUCAACAUCCUGAAAGGAGGUAUGGACCAGGAAAUGACGGUCGAUGAAGAAUUUCAACAUUGGUGUCAGGAGUUGGCAGGGCAUGACUCAUUCUCCAAGGCGUUUGAUAGUCUUCAAGACCGCAAAUCGGAGGUGCUGUCGCAACUAGAUCAAUGUUCCAAACAGUUGGAUUUGGAAGAGAGUGUUUGCGAGAAAAUGCGCUCGAAAUACGGGGCUGAUUGGAGCCAGCAGCCCAGUAGUCGACUGAACACGACUCUUCGUAGUGAUAUCCGGUCCUACCGAGAUACUAUCCAUGAAGCUAGUGCCAGCGACUCUCAGCUUUCUGCAACUCUUCGGCAGUAUGAGUCGGAUUUUGAUGAGAUGCGAUCAGCAGGGGAGACGGACGAAGCGGAUGUGCUUUUCCAGCGAGCAAUGAUAAAGGCUGGCUCAAAGCAGAGCAAGGGCAAGAACGGUGUAACCAGCCCUAACUCAGCUUCGGAAGGAACUCUACUAGAUGAUGUCUAUGAUGAUGAGGUUCCCUCGGUGACAGAGCAGAUUUCUAGGGUGGAGUCAAUCCUCAAGAAACUGAACCUGGUCAAACGAGAGAGAUCCCAGGUCUUGAAGGAUCUGAAGGACAAGGUGCACAACGAUGAUAUCUCAAACGUUCUGAUUCUCAACAAGAAAUCAAUUACGGGUCAGGAAAGCCAGCUCUUCGAGGCUGAGCUGGAGAAAUUUCGGCCUCAUCAAAACAGGCUGCUCCAGGCCAAUCAUAAACAAACGGCGUUAAUGAAGGAACUCACGAAAACCUAUGGAGACCUAUUGCAGGACAAACGGGUGAGAGCUGAGCAGUCGAAAUAUGAGACAAUAACCCGGCAGCGCAACUCUGUGAUGGCCAGAUAUAAGAAGAUAUACGACUCUUUCAACAGCUUGCGUUCAGGAAUAACACAGGCUCAGACAUUCUACACCGAAAUGACUGAUACUGUUGACAACCUCAAAAAGAACGUCGAUACCUUCAUCAACAACCGCAGGACUGAAGGUGCACAGCUUCUAGCCCAGAUCGAACGUGAGAAGUCGAGCGGAUCAUCCGACCAGGAGGAACGCGAGCGAGAGAAACUGAGACAGCUGAUGGAACGUCUGUCUACGGAGCCAAAACCUUCCUCUGUACCCCCACCCCCGUCAGCCGGCGGUCCAGCGCAAGCCAAAUCUCCGCCGCCACCUAUCAAAGCACCAGCUUACCCGACAAAUAUCGCUCCUCCUAAGGCGUCACCGCAUUUCCCUUCGGCCGUUCCACAACAUCAUGGCAACCCCAUCUCUCACUCCCCUGCCCCUUACGGCCAGUACAUGCCUCCAGGAACCGGCGUGUCGUACAUCCCAUCCCAGUCCUUCCAGCAAGGCGCUGCCGCGCCACUUUCGGAGGGCUAUAACCCGAUGGCAUAUCCGGUCCCCGCUUCAUCCAUGUCACCUCCCCCAAGUCAGCAUUUCUACUCCCCAGCACCUACUCCGUUCUACACCAGCCCAACCCCACCUGUGCCCUCGAGCCAAUACAUGCCGCAAGGCUAUGUUCCGCCGCCGCCGCCUCCCCGACCUCAACAGACCACCUAUCCACCUUCUGCGGGCCCAUUCCCCUCAGGUCCUGGCGGAUACGCUCAAAGCAGGCCAUAUGGGAGCAGCCAACACAAUAAAACCCACUCACAGUCGUCUCCGCAAUCAGGCUUCCCCUCUUCUUCCUCAUCAACUACUCCCGAUCCUUGGGCUGGUUUGAAUGCCUGGAAAUAA